AUCAGUGGAUUUUUUUCCAUUAGGCUUUCAUUCCUAAUAGGAAAUAUUUCUUCCAGUCUCAAAACUCUGAUAACUUUAAACUGUUUAACUUAGCAAACAUUGCAGUGAUACUUAGCCACUUAUUCUCUGUAAGGGGUUCAGGCAUGGUUCCAGGAGGAAAAAACAUCAACGUUAUUUUGUAGUGAGGAUAUACACAAAGUGAACGUGUAUUUUUAUCCUGGUAUGUUUCAUUUAGGGAGAAUAUAGCAGUAUUUGCUGGUUUCUGCUUGGAAUUGCUACUUUUUUUCCUACACAUUUAUCUCUGAUCUAUUAGUACUGUGGCAAGCAAAGUGCAAGGUGCUGUACAAAAAGAUGCCAGACAGAGGGAUGCUUUGGAAGGGGUGAACACCAGAUGUUUUGAGCAAAAAUUUGGGGUCAAUUCAUCCUUUCACAAUGAGAUGCUGUCUUCUCUGGACCCCCCCGCCAGCGGCUUUGGUGAGGAGUGUGGUGCUGGCAGGGACGGUGAGCUGGGAUGAGGAUCAUGGGGGCCAAGCGAGAAGGGGGCUGGAAGCAGCUGCCAGGCGCCUGCACUGCAGGGGAGUGGGGCUGCACCCUGGAGAUGCCUUCUGGCCACUCACUGGCUUUCCUGCAUCCCAAGUCACCAGGCCACAAGCGCCGUGAUGGGUGGCGCUGCCUAUUAAGGUUGCGUGACCCUUCCUGUUAAAAGAGUCAGUUUUCAGUUGCUUGUAAACAUUAGUAAAACCCCAGCCAUGAAGGCACAAAUCUCCCAUUUUGAUUGCUCUCUUCUGAAAAACAUGAAGGAAUUUUGAGCCCAAAUAUUCGGCUCUUAAAAAAAAAAUGCAGCUGGAUGAAAAAUAUGGGAACUAUUUUGGUGGGGGGAGGAAUAGUAAAGCUGGGCGUGCAGCUGGGGAAGGCAUACUCUGAGGCUCUGUGGGACACGGCAGAUGUCCAUGGCACGGGAGACUCAUGGGGAACCUGAGCCAGGUCCUGGAUUGUUGGGAGUUGGCCCAAGCCCAGGAGGCAAUGGCGGGGAAGGGCAGAGGCAGCCGGGGUGAGGAGCUGGGCCAGGGAUGCUAGAGACCAAAGACGACACAGGGACGGGAGGCAGGAGGAGCUGCUGUCCCGACAGUGAUGGCACCAGAGGAGAGUGUUCGUAUAGGAAGGAGUGUUAACCCUAAUGGGACAACCGCACUGGUGCAAAGAUGGUGGAUGUGAGCCUGGGUGUGAGGGAAGGGUGGUCUGGGAACGAGUCCCCUCUCCUCGCUCCUCAAAAGCAUCAGCAAGUAUCUGUCUCCCCAGAGGGGAGAAAAAAUUGCUAGGUCAGUGAGUUGAAUUGGUUCAGGGCUGUCUGGAGAAAUGCCAAUACCUGGCCCAGAGAGGUCACUCUGGACCAGAGCAGGAGGGAGAGAGAGGGAGAGUAGGAGGCCUUGUGGUGGUAAUGAGUUAUUAGGGUGCAUCAGUCAUCUGUGAAUGAUACAGCCUGAAGUGGUUGAGAAAUUUGGUGAAACUCUGUCACAGUUUAUUGAGGUCGGGGCAUUUUGCUGGGAUCCCGUAGAUCUGCACCGUGUCCCUCAGCGCCAUGCGUCACCAAGGGCCCGGCCCUCGGGCCACUGCAGGAGCACCUGCCUUGGGCAGCAGUACCUGUGUCUGGGCAUCCUGGCGCAGUGGCGCCAGCACCCAGGACAGUGUGUCAUUUCUGUCCGUGUAGAGUUUCAACCUAUGUCUCUGUGUCUUGGGGAGGAGAUGGGGUGUUUUUUAGAUUUCCAUGGUUUUUUUCCAGUUUGCUUUUAAGAGGGCAAAGCUAAAAGUCCUUUAAAAAGGCAUUCUGGCUGUAAAGCCAAACAGUUCAGCUCCAGAAACGAGUAAAAAGGCAGUGGGUACAACCCAGGUUUGUUUUUCUCCUGCCUGUGCAUUAUGAAACAGUUGUUAAUCACUUGAUUGCAUAUUCCUCUGUGCGCAGGAUGGGUCUGUGAAUCAGUGUUUUGUAGCUGCUUAUCUGCAGGGCCUCUGCUUUGUUAUUACAGAAGCUGAAGAACGGGCAGUAAAUGAAAUGGGAGGUGGUGGGAACGGAAAGGUUUAAUAUGAACCAACGGAAUCAAUGAAACCAUCAAUGAAACGAUUACACACUGGCUCUUGGACAUUUGGUAACUUUCUUCCUCUGCCGGAGUAGGAGUUAGUGCUAGUCUCAUUGCUGAAAUCAGCCUUCUCAGAGGUGCAAGAGCAGCUCUGUGUUUUCCAUACCAUGGUUCAAUGGUGCAGUGAAGUCAGCAUUAGAUCUCCGAGCAUCAGGUCACAAAUACUACAGCUAUAUGACACAAAACUUCAGCCUGAUAGAAACUCACUCCUGCAGCUCAAGUUCUGCUUAACAGAUUUCGGGAGGUUAACUUCUCCGGAUAUCUUUCCAUAUAUCCUUAUUUACCCUCGGCCUGGUGCUGCCUGCCUGCAUCGUUUUUUGCAGCAGCGGGUUGCUGCCCUACUUCUAACAGCUGCGUGACUGCAGCGAGCAGGGCCAAGCACCCCACUCUGAGCACUAGCUCAGUGCGAGUAGGACUGCACUGAUGUAGAGCUGUGCUGAGCUGUCACAGCUGAAGAGGGCAUAUAAAUAGCUGCAUUUAUGUUAGUAAAGCCCAAACUCUGCUGCUGGGAGUCCUGACAUGUCCUAUUCCUAGCUCCUGGCCCCGGUGCCACUGAGGAGAGCGUGACUCGACACAUGCCCACAGCCAGGCCAGAAAACAUGCUAAAAAAUUAACUACAUGGAAACCACAGGCCAGUGCAAACAGUGCCCUGUUUAUUUACUAAUAUAAUGUAGCUGAUGGGGCAAUCAUGCAAAAAAAUGGUGAGGUAAAGUAAGUACACCUCAUACCAUAAUGCAUGUGUACAAAAAUCAGUUCUUAGCCUGAAUGCUUGACUUCGCAUCCUCAACAAUGUUCCUUUGACAUCAUUUAUUUCAGGAAGGAGGGCUAUAUUUGAUAGACCAGUUGUUUGGACCUCCCCUUGACUGUGUGACUCCUUGUUAUAUGUGCCCUGGGACCCAGAAAGCAAGAAAGAUACCUGGGUCCCUGAAUGCUGCCUUUUUUUGCUCACAGUGAUUAUUGACUCUUCCCACUGAUGCUGAAGCAUAUUAAUGCUAGCUAAUUAUCUGUGAGGUAAAUCUUAUCCCCAGCUCACCUCCUAAGGAACAAUGCCCAUAUUACAAUAGUAAACUGGAGGGAUAUCGUUAUGUCAGAGACUGACUGGCUUCCAAGAAAUCUCUCUCUGAUCUGUAGCUAGCUGACAAAUCUGCUGAGGCUGGCGGGUGUAGCAGCUGCAUCUCCUCCAGAGCUGAAUGAGGGAGGAAAUCAGGCCCUAUUUGUUUUGUAAUAGCUGAACAAUGGAGGUUAUUGCUCAAAUCCUACAGGGCAGGGGCAGGGCAGGUGGUGAGCUGUGUGUUCUGGAGGGCAUUCAAUGGGUUCUGACUGCAAACAUAUGGGGUUGGAUACUCUGUGCCGGAGUGCUGAGUGUCCGUGAGUCAGAUAGCAGCUGAAUGCUGAGAAAACAACAUGGUGAUGUGCCAGAGAGAUGGCAAGAGUUGUGAGGGGUUUUGUGUUUGUUUUUUGGGUUUUUGUUUUGCUCAGGUGCUGUUUGGAAAGCAGCCUUGAUAUACCACCUUGCCACUGGGGGAUCUGCCUCUUAUCUGAGUCUUCUUGUGUCUGAGGAAUGGGAGUUAGGGUAUAGGAAUAGGGUGUUAGCAUAUGCUUUUUGUAGAAAAAAGCAAGACUGGCUCUUCGUUUGAGUUGAAACAGCCCACAGGACUGAAAGCUAGCUAUUUGCUCCAGUUGGGCCUCAGGGAUCUACCAAAAAUGGUACCUCGUGGACACCUAUUUUGAGUGGUACCACCAAAGAAGAAGUCCGAAGGGGCGUUUACAUAGUGCUUGGGCACCAGGGCUGGUGGAAGAAGGUCCUGUCUGCAGGUGCACAGAGCCACCGACCUCUUUAUGCAGCCCACUGCUGCCAGGGCUGCAGGUGAGGAGGGCCAUCACAAAUGCACCCAGGUGGGAGCAGGUGCUCGGAAUGUGAAAUGCAGAAGCAGCUUUGCCCCCGAAGCCAGCCGAUCAUGUAAUUACACCUUCCUGCAUGGCAUAUAGUAGAAUUCACUAGUCUGCUCCAGCCAUUGGGAGCCAUUGCUGCAGUAAUUGGAUGGGGCUGACUAACAUGAAAAGCUUGGAGUGGAAACAAAGCACUGGCUUUCAAAGGCAGGAAUAUUCCCUGGCAUUUGCAUAUUUACACUGACUUGAUGUGGGAAGAAAUAUUUGGUUUGCAGUGGCUUAGAUGGCUCUUUGGAACCAACAACCUGCAGUCAGUACUACCUGUGUGUAAGUGCUUUCUUCUGGAGUAAGUUAAUAAAUGUAUAUUAACAAGGCAGAAUCUUGUUUUUCUGCAACAAGACUUUCAAUGCAUCUAGCCUAGCUUCUGCCCACUGAUGUCUUCUCACAGUUUGGAGGAAAGCUGUCCUUUUCCCUAAGGAUCAUUCCCCAGCUGCUGGUUCAGUCACAGCUCCAGGCCAUGUCACCAGUGCUCCCAUGCCUGGAGGCAGGUACCUCAUUAGCAGCUCAGCAGUCUCAGGACUGAUGGGACCAGGAUUCCCUAAAGAAAGGCAGGUGCAGGCUUAGCGCCCAGGCUGUGGGGCUGGGCGAGGAGCACGGCCUGUCUGGCUGGCUGCUCACCCUCUCUGGCUGCCACACUGGGCCUCGGUCCGCCAUGAGACCCCUCGUCCUCCCACUGAGGGUGAGCAGCUUGCCUCCUGCCAUGCCUUCCCACCUGGCAUUUUCCCUAGUCCUCUUUCCGGUGCCUCUUUGCUCAGUUCUCGGACACUGAUCACGGAAGGAAGCAGCUUCCUUACAGUUCUUGCUGAUGCUGACCUGCCCAGAAAUGAAUCUCUUGGAUAAGCCCCCAGCAGCUGGAAUACCUGGAUACCCAUGCUCUACAACACAUGCAUUAUUUUUAGACAGAAGGGCAAAAAUCAAAAGCAAGGUCUCUAUAUAAGUAUCUCUAUAUAUGUAAAUGUAUGUGUAACUGCAUUGCUAGGUGGCCUGUAAAACUGAAAGCAUGGCAACUUCACAAAAACGCUGAUGCUGAGGAAAGGAAAUUACCCUGAGUAAACACCAGAAAAUCCACAUAGGAAAAGUGCUUGAAAAAAAAAUGUGAGCUAUAAAUUUUACUGUUUUCUCUUGGGCUUUUACUUGUGUUUCUCAUCUAGGGAUGAUUUUCUAAAUAGAAGACUCAGUUCUUCAAGCUCAGUUCCAGACUGAGAAGCGCUCAGAUAAGAUAAAACCAGAAGCCAUGGAAAAAUCACAGGAACCUCCUGAGUUAUUGGAUUGUGUGGGAUUUGGGGAGGGGCUUUGCUGUUUACAAAUUCCACUUUUAAGCAUUGUAGCUAUGAAAAUCUGUACAACAAGAGGUCUAUGUUAUUUAUUCUUUUCCCUUCAGACCAUGUCCUCCUCCAUUAAAAUUGAAUCUGUUGUGAAGGAGAAGAACAGGAUGGGAGAGUGCCCAGUCUGGGAAGAAAGAGAAAAUGCACUCGUGUAUGUAGAUAUUAACUCGCAGAAAGUUUGCCGCUGGAAUGCUGUCACCAACAAAGUGCAGAGCGUGCCUGUGGAUGCUCGUGUGAGCUCGGUGGCGCUGCGCCAGUGCAAGGGCUACGUCAUCACCCUGGGAACGAGAUUCGCCUUUCUGGACUGGGACACUCAGUCAGUCACCACUGUCCUUGAGCUUGAGCAGGAUAAACCCAACAACAGGUUCAAUGAUGGGAAAGUGGAUCCAAAGGGGAGGUUUUUUGCUGGUACGAUGGCUGAAGAGACAGUGCCUGGGGUGCGAGCGAGACGACAAGGAGCUCUCUACACUCUUUACCCUGACUAUUCUGUAGUGAAACAAUUGGACCAGGUGGACAUCUCCAAUGGUCUGGACUGGUCUCUGGAUCACAGGACCUUCUUUCACAUUGACAGCCUGACAUAUGCUGUGCAUGCCUUCAGCUAUGAUGUGCACACCGGCAAGAUCGCCUGCCCGAAACUUGUGUACCAUUUAGAAAAGGAGGAGCAAAUGCCUGAUGGGAUGUGCAUUGACACAGAAGGGAAGCUCUGGGUGGCCUGUAUUGACGGUGGCAGAGUGAUUCGUUUAGAUCCAGAGACAGGAAAAAGAAUCCAAACCGUGAUGCUGCCUGCUUCCAGGAUCACCUCUUGCUGCUUUGGUGGAAAAGACUAUUCAGAAAUGUAUGUGACUUCUGCAUAUGAUGGACUGGACGAGACAGCCUUAGCAAAGGAACCUCAGGCAGGAGAGAUUUUCAAGAUAACAGGCCUGGAUGUGAAAGGGAUUCCACAGAAUUUCUAUGCUGCUUGAAUAUUAAUGCUAAAUGAUAAACAAGAAAUGCUUGUGUCUUGUUCGAGUAAUUCUGACAAGGAAACGUCCAAUGAAUUACAGAAUUUACCUGUAUGAGGAUUUCUAAAUCCACAUCUGAGAACGCGCAUGUUUGGAACUGAAGACAUUUCUUCUUUGGGUCUGUGGCAUGAUACAAUGGGCUAGAGAGGCAAAGCUUAUCUGUGUUACCUCUUGACAUCUGUUGUGAAUUUACACAAACCUUUCUAAACUCCAGCUUAGUUUGUUGUACUGAUGACCAGCUCUGCAUUUUCGUAUCUCUGUGGUUCCAGAAGCAGAAUUUGACUCUUGUCUUUUCCUGUUGCAGUGAUGUAGCAGCAACAGUAUGGCGGAUUUUAAUAAAUAAUUUCAAAGUGACGACUUGAACUAGACUGCUGCUUUGCUGUGGAUCAGACUUCUUUGUAGUAUUGAGACUUCAGUUUAGAUCCUUUCUAGCCUGUUUUCAUUUGUUUUGUCUUGAAUUCUUCUGCCUUGUCUUUAGGACAUCGUUUAUGCAGUUGAAAAUAAAUUAUGCAACCAUAUUUAAAA